AUGUCUCAGCCAAUCCCCCAGCCGAAAGGCCUCCCGCUGGUGGGCAACAUCCUCGACGUCAAGCCCUCCAACACCUGGCAGUCCCUGCAGCGCCUGUCGGAGCAGCACGGCGAGAUCUUCCAGAUCAAGGUCCUGGGCAGCACGAUCGUGUUCGUGGCGGGCGCCGCGCUGGCCGAGGAGCUCUGCGACGAGAAGCGCUUCCGCAAGUACGUGGGCGGGCCGAUCGUCGAGAUCCGGCGCGCGGUGCACGACGCGCUCUUCACGGCGUUCGACCACGAGGAGAACUGGGGAAUCAAGCACCGCAUCGUGGCGCCGAGGCUCACGCCUGAUGCUGUGAGGGAGUGGUGCGGCGAGGUGGUCGGAUGCACCGGCGAGCUGAUUGCGAAGUGGAAGGGGGUGGGAGAAUCUAGUGGCGGGGUCGACCUGAUGGACGAGCUGAACCGCCUGAACCUCGAGGCCACGACGCUGACGAUGUUUGGCAAGAAGCUGAACUGCAUCACUGCUGCGGAGAGCCACCCGAUGCUGCAGGGCAUGGAGGAUUCGACCUCGGAGGCCAUGAAGAGACCCACGCGGCCGGGGCUCCUCAACUGGCUGUUAUAUGGCAGCAAGUUCAAGAAGUCGAUCAAGGCAAUGCGUGAAGACUACGCCGAGGACCUUGUGUUCCACAGGAAGCAGAACCCAACCGGACGCAGGGAUAUCCUCUGGGCCUUGAUGGAAGGACAAGACGACCAGACAGGCAAGGGUUUGACAGAAGAGCAAGUGAUAGACGAGAUCGUGAGCAUGCCUAUCGGGAGCUCAACAGCUCCAUGCUUGAUUGGAAGUGAGAUAUACCUCCUCUUGCAGAACAAGGAGUGUAUUGCAAAGGCAAGGGAAGAGUUAGACAAGAUCGUCGGGCCGUGGACGGGUGCAGCAGGCGAGACGACACAGAUCCGAGCCGAGCACCUCCCACAGCUAAAGUACAUCGAGGGCAUCGUCCGCGAGUCCCUGAGGCUGAGCUUCGCGGCGCCGGGCUUCAACAUCGAGCCAGUCCCCCGACCAAAGGGCCCGAGCGGCGACGCGGACAAGAGCCCUGUCCUCCUCGCGGGCGGGAAGUACCAGAUUGCGCACGACCAGGCCAUGAUCCUUGUCCUGGCGGGCGUGAACCGCGACCCCGCCGUCUUUGACGACCCCCUCGCCUUCAGGCCUGAGCGCAUGAUGGGCCAGGCGUUUGAAGACUUGCCUCCUGGCGUGAAGAAGUGGUUUGGAAACGGGAAGAGGGAGUGCAUUGGGAAGCACUGGGCGUGGCAGUUCAACAUGGUUGUUACGGCGAUGCUGAUCCGGGAAUGUGACUUUGAGAUGGUGGACCCGGACUUCAAGCUGGAUGGGCACCAGGACGGCUGGUUCAACUACAGACCUGUCGGGUUCAAGGUCAGAGUCAAGCCGAGGGCUUCGUGA